AUGCAGAGUAAAUGGUAAUUAAAAUGUGCAGGAUGACAAGAUGGAGCAAACAGUGCUUGUACCACCAGGACCUGACAGCUUCAACUUCUUCACCAGAGAAUCUCUUGCGGCUAUUGAAAGACGCAUUGCAGAAGAAAAGGCUAAGAAUCCCAAACCAGACAAGAAAGAUGAUGAUGAAAAUGGCCCAAAGCCAAAUAGUGACUUGGAAGCUGGAAAGAACCUUCCAUUUAUUUAUGGAGACAUUCCUCCAGGAAUGGUGUCAGAGCCCUUGGAGGACCUGGACCCGUACUAUAUCAAUAAAAAAACUUUUAUAGUAUUGAAUAAAGGGAAGGCCAUCUUCCGGUUCAGUGCCACCUCUGCCCUGUACAUUUUAACUCCCUUCAAUCCUCUUAGGAAAAUAGCUAUUAAGAUUUUGGUACAUUCAUUAUUCAGCAUGCUAAUUAUGUGCACUAUUUUGACGAACUGUGUGUUUAUGACAAUGAGUAAUCCUCCUGACUGGACAAAGAAUGUAGAGUACACCUUCACAGGAAUUUAUACGUUUGAAUCACUCAUAAAAAUUAUUGCAAGGGGCUUCUGUUUGGAAGAUUUUACUUUCCUUCGGGACCCAUGGAACUGGCUUGAUUUCACUGUCAUUACAUUUGCAUACGUGACUGAGUUUGUGGACCUGGGCAAUGUCUCAGCAUUGAGAACAUUCAGAGUUCUCCGAGCACUGAAAACAAUUUCAGUCAUUCCAGGCCUGAAGACCAUUGUGGGGGCCCUUAUCCAGUCAGUGAAGAAGCUCUCUGACGUCAUGAUCCUGACUGUAUUCUGUCUGAGUGUAUUUGCGCUAAUUGGGCUGCAGCUCUUCAUGGGCAACCUGCGGAAUAAAUGUGUACAAUGGCCUCCCACCAAUGCUUCCGUGGAGGAACAUAGUAUAGAGAAGAAUAUAACUGUAGAUUACAACGGCACACUUGUAAAUGAAACUCAUUUUGAGUUUGACUGGAAAUCAUAUAUUCAAGAUUCAAGGUAUCACUAUGUCUUGGAGGGAUUUUUAGAUGCACUGCUGUGUGGGAAUAGCUCUGAUGCAGGCCAGUGUCCAGAAGGAUACAUGUGUGUGAAAGCUGGUAGAAACCCCAAUUAUGGCUACACAAGCUUUGAUACGUUCAGUUGGGCUUUUUUGUCCUUAUUUCGACUGAUGACUCAGGACUUCUGGGAAAAUCUUUACCAACUGACAUUACGUGCUGCUGGGAAAACAUACAUGAUAUUUUUUGUGCUGGUCAUUUUCUUGGGCUCAUUCUACCUAAUAAAUUUGAUCCUGGCUGUGGUGGCCAUGGCCUAUGAGGAGCAGAAUCAGGCCACCUUGGAAGAGGCAGAACAGAAAGAGGCGGAAUUUCAGCAGAUGCUUGAACAACUUAAAAAGCAACAGGAAGCAGCUCAGGCAAAGUACCGACAGUGCCUGGAACUUGAAGAAUCCAGGCAGAAAUGCCCUCCCUGUUGGUAUAAAUUUUCCAACAUAUUCCUAAUCUGGGACUGUUCACCAUAUUGGUUAAAAGUGAAACACAUUGUCAACCUGGUCGUGAUGGACCCAUUCGUUGAUCUGGCCAUCACCAUCUGUAUUGUCUUAAAUACUCUUUUCAUGGCCAUGGAACACUAUCCAAUGACGGAACAUUUCAACAAUGUGCUUACAGUAGGAAACUUGGUCUUUACUGGAAUCUUUACAGCAGAAAUGUUUCUGAAAAUUAUUGCUAUGGAUCCUUACUAUUAUUUCCAAGAAGGCUGGAAUAUCUUCGAUGGUUUCAUUGUGACACUCAGCCUGGUAGAACUUGGCCUCGCCAAUGUGGAAGGAUUAUCAGUUCUCCGUUCAUUCAGACUGCUCCGAGUAUUCAAACUGGCAAAAUCAUGGCCAACCUUAAAUAUGCUAAUAAAGAUCAUUGGCAAUUCAGUGGGGGCUUUGGGAAAUCUAACCCUAGUGUUGGCCAUUAUUGUCUUCAUUUUUGCCGUGGUUGGCAUGCAGCUAUUUGGUAAGAGCUACAAAGACUGCGUCUGCAAGAUUGCCAGUGAUUGUAAACUUCCACGCUGGCACAUGAAUGACUUCUUUCACUCCUUCCUGAUUGUGUUUCGUGUGCUGUGUGGGGAGUGGAUAGAGACCAUGUGGGACUGUAUGGAGGUUGCUGGCCAAGCCAUGUGCCUUACUGUCUUCAUGAUGGUCAUGGUGAUUGGAAACCUGGUGGUCCUAAACCUCUUUCUGGCCUUGCUUCUGAGUUCAUUCAGUGCAGACAACCUUGCCGCCACUGAUGAUGAUAAUGAAAUGAACAAUCUCCAGAUUGCUGUGGAUAGGAUGCACAAAGGAAUAGCUUACGUGAAAAGAAAAAUAUAUGAAUUUAUUCAACAGUCCUUUGUUAGGAAAAAAAAGAUUUUGGAUGAGAUUAAACCACUUGAUGAUCUAAACAACAAGAAGGACAGCUGUAUGUCCAAUCACACAGCAGAAAUUGGGAAAGAUCUUGACUAUCUUAAAGAUGUAAAUGGAACCACAAGUGGCAUAGGAACUGGCAGCAGUGUUGAAAAAUACAUUAUCGAUGAAAGUGAUUACAUGUCAUUCAUAAACAAUCCCAGUCUUACUGUGACGGUACCAAUCGCUGUUGGGGAGUCUGACUUUGAAAAUUUAAACACAGAGGACUUCAGUAGUGAAUCAGAUGUGGAAGAAAGCAAAGAGAAACUUAACGAAAGCAGUAGCUCAUCAGAAGGCAGCACUGUAGACAUUGGUGCACCUGCCGAAGAACAGCCUGUAGUGGAGCCUGAAGAAACCCUUGAACCUGAAGCCUGUUUCACUGAAGGCUGUGUACAAAGAUUCAAAUGUUGUCAAAUCAGCGUGGAAGAAGGGAGAGGCAAGCAAUGGUGGAAUCUAAGAAGAACAUGUUUCCGAAUUGUUGAACAUAACUGGUUUGAGACUUUCAUUGUUUUCAUGAUUCUGCUUAGUAGUGGUGCUUUGGCAUUUGAAGACAUAUAUAUUGAUCAGCGAAAGACAAUUAAGACUAUGUUGGAAUACGCUGACAAGGUUUUCACUUACAUUUUCAUUCUGGAAAUGCUUCUAAAAUGGGUAGCAUAUGGCUACCAAACAUAUUUCACAAAUGCCUGGUGUUGGCUCGACUUCUUAAUUGUUGAUGUUUCAUUGGUCAGUUUAACAGCAAAUGCCUUGGGUUACUCAGAACUUGGUGCCAUCAAAUCUCUCAGGACACUAAGAGCUCUGAGACCUCUAAGAGCCUUAUCACGAUUUGAAGGGAUGAGGGUGGUUGUGAAUGCCCUUUUAGGAGCAAUUCCAUCCAUCAUGAAUGUGCUUCUGGUUUGUCUUAUAUUCUGGCUAAUUUUCAGCAUCAUGGGUGUAAAUUUGUUUGCUGGCAAAUUCUACCACUGUAUUAACACUACAACUGGUGACACAUUUGACAUCUCCGAUGUGAAUAACCAUUCUGAUUGCCUAAAACUAAUAGAAAGAAAUGAGACUGCCCGAUGGAAAAAUGUGAAAGUAAACUUCGAUAAUGUAGGAUUUGGCUAUCUCUCUUUGCUUCAAGUUGCCACAUUUAAGGGAUGGAUGGAUAUAAUGUAUGCAGCUGUUGAUUCCAGAAAUGUGGAAUUGCAGCCGAAGUAUGAGGAAAGUCUGUACAUGUACCUUUAUUUUGUUAUUUUCAUCAUCUUUGGGUCCUUCUUCACCUUGAACCUAUUUAUUGGUGUCAUCAUAGAUAAUUUCAACCAGCAAAAAAAGAAGUUUGGAGGGCAAGACAUCUUUAUGACAGAAGAACAGAAGAAAUACUAUAAUGCAAUGAAAAAACUAGGAUCAAAAAAGCCACAAAAGCCGAUACCUCGACCAGGAAACAAAUUUCAAGGAAUGGUCUUUGACUUUGUAACUAGACAAGUUUUUGACAUAAGCAUCAUGAUUCUAAUCUGUCUCAAUAUGGUCACUAUGAUGGUAGAAACAGAUGACCAGAGUGAAGAAAUGACUAAUAUUUUGUCACGCAUCAACCUGGUGUUCAUUGUCCUGUUCACUGGGGAGUGUGUGCUGAAACUCAUCUCCCUCCGCCAUUAUUACUUUACUAUAGGCUGGAAUAUUUUUGAUUUCGUGGUUGUAAUUCUCUCCAUUGUAGGUAUGUUUCUGGCUGAGCUGAUAGAAAAGUAUUUUGUGUCCCCUACCCUGUUCCGAGUGAUCCGACUCGCCAGGAUUGGCCGAAUCCUGCGUCUGAUCAAAGGAGCGAAGGGGAUCCGCACCUUGCUGUUCGCUUUGAUGAUGUCCCUCCCAGCGUUGUUCAACAUCGGCCUCCUGCUCUUCCUGGUCAUGUUCAUCUACGCCAUCUUUGGAAUGUCCAACUUUGCUUACGUUAAGAGGGAAGUGGGAAUUGAUGACAUGUUCAACUUUGAGACCUUUGGCAACAGCAUGAUCUGCCUGUUCCAAAUUACCACCUCUGCAGGUUGGGAUGGACUGUUGGCACCUAUUCUUAAUAGUGGACCACCUGACUGUGACCCUAAUAAAAAUAACCCUGGAAGCUCAGUUAAGGGAGACUGUGGUAACCCAUCUGUUGGGAUUUUCUUCUUUGUCAGCUACAUCAUCAUAUCAUUCCUGGUUGUGGUGAACAUGUACAUUGCUGUCAUCCUGGAGAACUUCAGUGUUGCUACUGAAGAAAGCGCAGAGCCCCUGAGUGAAGAUGACUUUGAGAUGUUCUAUGAAGUUUGGGAGAAGUUUGAUCCUGAUGCGACCCAGUUCAUGGAAUUUGAAAAACUAUCUCAAUUUGCAGCUGCUCUUGAACCCCCUCUCAACUUGCCACAACCAAACAAACUCCAGCUCAUUGCCAUGGACUUACCCAUGGUUAGUGGUGACCGAAUUCACUGCCUUGAUAUCUUAUUUGCUUUUACAAAGCGGGUUCUAGGGGAGAGUGGAGAGAUGGAUGCUCUCCGAAUACAGAUGGAGGAGCGAUUCAUGGCUUCCAAUCCUUCCAAAGUCUCCUAUCAGCCAAUUACCACUACUUUAAAACGAAAACAAGAGGAGGUAUCUGCUGUUAUUAUUCAGCGUGCUUACAGGCGCCACCUUUUGAAGCGAACUGUAAAACAAGCUUCAUUUACAUACAAUAAAAAUAAAAUCAAAGCUGGGGCUAAUCUUCUUGUAAAAGAAGACAUGAUAAUUGACAGAAUAAAUGAAAACUCUAUUACAGAGAAAACUGAUUUGACCAUGUCCACAGCAGCUUGUCCACCCUCUUAUGACCGGGUAACAAAGCCAAUUGUAGAAAAACAUGAACAAGAAGGCAAAGAUGAAAAAGCCAAAGGGAAAUAAAACAAAUAUAAUUGAAUGACAAAUUGUUUACAGCCUGUGAAGGUGAUGUAUUUUUGUCAACAGGACUCCUUUAGGAGGUCAAUGCCAAACUGACUGUUUUUACACAAAUACUUAAGGUCAGUGCCUACACUAAGACAGUGACCCCUGGUCGGCAGACUGUGACUCUGUGUAAAGGGGAGAAAACGUUGACAGGAGGUUACUGUUCUCACUACCAGCUGACACUGCUGAAGACAAGAGACAAAAUGGCUACUCAGAUUGUAGGGACCAUAAAGGGGUGCAAAGCUAUAAUUUGGGAGUUAUUUAACAUGAAACACUUUAGUAGUGUAGUAAUUGUAUCCACUCUUUGCAUUUCAACUGCCACAUUUGUCACAUUUUUACAAAAUCUGUUAGUAGAUUCAUUUUUUUUUAAUCCAUGUGUUGUUUAUUAUAUGUGACUAUUUUUGUAAAUGGGGUUUCUGUUGGGAACUAG